GGCGCGCUGACACUUAAGAUGAGCUGCAUGUUUGGCUCGUUUUCUGUCGAAUGGUGGAGGGAUACAUACUUACAGCUGUGUGCUGAAGAACACUACGCUCUGCAGAAUCAACGGAGAAAGGCGACCAACCGGCUUGUUGCUUCACCCUCUCCUCCUUGCCGUCCUCUCUCUCUCUCCGCCUCCCCUCCCUCUUCUCCAUGACCUGCUGAACCAGCACACACACCGGCUUGUCUGUCAAACUGGAGGAACAGGUGCUCCAGCUACAGACUCACUUACCCCACUUUCCCCCGCCUCCCUCUGACAGCCUAUAGUUACACAUGUAAAAGCGUGAGCAGGCACAUGCAGGCAGACCCUCCCCUGUUCGUCCCCCCAGCGAGAGACAGAAGGACAGAAGCCCAUUCCACCUGGUAGGACGACGCAAGGAACUUCCUCUUUCUCCUGGCUCCACUUCCUUCGCUCCGCUCCGCCAUGACUCUCCUGGCCUCCGAGAGGUCGCUUCUCAUCAGGAACAAGUUCCGGUCAGUCCUGCAGCUGAGGAUUCAGAACCGAAGGCUGAGCGAAAUCAAUGCAGACCCAGGGUUGAAAUCUGCCUCCACUCACCAGAAAACAGAGAAAAAGCGGAGUGAAGCUCAUCGUCAAACUGAGGACGGCGCCACUCAGAAGUUGCCCCCUGGUGGUCUGAGCGCUGAAACUGCACAAGAGAGGACUGUAUGUGGGGCCCUGAGGCAGAGGAAGGCUCGCCCUUCACAGACCCUCACUGAGAGGAUCCAGCUACCUCCAGGAGCCGCAGAGCAACAGCCAGAGCACACGUUGCCCCUGGAGAAUGGUCCUGCCUCGUUCCCCGCUGAUGUCUUCGAAGAGGACAUCUCUUCCUCCAUAUCGUCUUUAAACACGGAGCAACAUGCCGCUCUCCAAGCCCCAUCUAUUUCCUCCCUGCCAGGCCUCCCAGUUGACCAACCACUAAGUGACUGCUCAGCUGUGGGCCUGACCCUUAAUAACAGUCCCAGUCAUGCACAGUCCGGUUUGACGUUGCUUCCGGCAACCGCGGGCGUCAGACAACCUCUGAGCGUGACGCUGGGUGAGUCAAACUCCUUGGCACCGACUGGAAGACCAAACGGGAUGUUCCUGACCUCUCAGACGACACCCCUGCUGCCAAAGACAGCUCGGCCUCCCAGCCCGAUCUGCCCCCCGUCUUUUCCCCCUUCCCUACACUUCAAUCACCUUACCCGCCCACGGAAACCACGGGACAUCAAACCCAAGAUGAAGAAACUCAAGUAUCAUCAGUACAUUCCUCCAGACCAGAAAGGAGCGCCUGGGACUGGAGCGGGAGGAGCUAAGCAGAGCAGCCCUGCCCCUACGCAGCCGCUAGACCCGGCCUACUCCCAUCUGCUGAAACAACAGCAGGUCUUCCUCCAGCUUCAAAUCCUGCAGAGUCAACAGCAGCAGCAGCAGCAGCAGCGACUACAGCCGCCGCAGCAGGUUACAGUUGUACCGAGUGGAGAUCACAAUGAUCUAGUGAAGUCUUGUGGAGCCUCACCGCUCAGCCUCCAACCUGCUCCUGCCACAACAAACCAAACUCAGACGGACGCAAAUCCUACUUCCAAACCAGAGCUUCUUCCUGCAAAUCUUGUUGAUCUAACGGUGUCGGAGUUGAGGCAGCAGCUGCGUAAACGUGGCCUUCCUGUCUCUGGAACCAAGCCGGCUCUGUUGCAGCGCCUUCGUCCCUUCCAGCUUCAGCAUGCCUGCCCCACCCCGGCUCCUCUUAGCAAGCUGGGCACCAGCAUGGAGCCCCUUAGUCCUUGUGCCCAGCUGCCACCCUGUCAGAGCCCUGGCUCCAGCCCCGGCUUCAGGCUGAGCUCGCCCGGCAGCAGCCCGAACCAACAGCUGUACAUCCAAGACGGGGGGAUUCCUAAUGGGAUUCUCAGUGACGGUCCCAACAGAGAUCCAAAUGGGGCUCUGAACGCUGUCCCAAAAGCGUUCGCAGACGCUGCGUCAGUCAGUUUGGCAGGUGAACGGCGUGGUCUCGGCAGCACUGUGUUCUGGGAUCCCGCCAGCACUGCGUCAGGAACUCCAAGUCCCAGUUUGCCCAUGUCGUCCUCCUCGCCCCUACAGUGCGGGACUCCAUGGAGAACCGACAGAGAACAGCAGGAACAUCUAGAGCUGAGCGUGAAGCUGGAGAAGAGGGAGCGGAAGAGAAGCCGGCAUACUGACUUCUACCUGCAAGCGAGUACUGAGUCUGGGGAGGGAUCCCUUCAUCCGUUCCUGCAACAGGAUCCGGGAUGCCCAAAAAGGCAGGCAGAACUAAAUGUGCAAACAGAGGUGUUGUUUGCUGAGCCGUGUGAUGUGAUUGGCCAUGACUUCGAGCUGCCACUGCAGAUUACAGCAAGUCCAGCUCAGACCUCACCUGGCGUUCGCAGCUUGGAGGAAGAGCUACAGGAGGCGAUUCAGAAAGCCCAGAUGGACCCUCGACAGUCUAUUGAUGAUAUUCUAGAUGAGCCACUUAUUUGUGAUGGCUCUCUUGAGGCCUCCAAUCAUAAAUCUGCUGCACACUCACUUCCUGACCGCUCCCCUGCCCCUCAAACCAAGCAGCCCCAGCCUUUUCAGCAGCAAGAUGACAACUUCCUGCCAUCCCCUCUUUGUUCCUCUCUCUUACUGGAGCUCCCUCCAUCUCCUGCUGUAAUAAACCCAAGCCAGGUUGUCCCUGCGCCUCCGCCUCUCCCAAUCUGCACCUCCCCUUCGCCUUCAACUAGAAAGUCCCGGAAACGGCGGGCUCCUGCACAGUUUGACGCUGCCGAUUGGCUCGAAACCCUCACGUCAGGCCUCCACCCUCUCACCCCGCCGAAACCUCCGUUUGUCGAGUCCGAUUUCAGUCUGGAUUCGGAUCUGAAUGUGAAUCGAGUGCUUGAUCUUUUGAUAGAGCAGUGGUGAAGAUGUAAAAGAUGGUGUGCAAACAUGGUGCCUUGAAAAAGUAUUCGUAUCCCUCGAACUUUUCAACAUGUUGUGACGCUGCAACCAAAAGUCUCAAUUGUAAUUUUUUUUGGGGGAUUUUGAUGGAUCAACACAAAGUUUUCAAAACAAAAAUCUAAAAAGUGUGGCAGGUGUUUGGAUUCAGCCCUUCUUAGUGAGAGGACCAAUUUUCAGUGCAAAACAGCUGCAGGGCAUCUAGAGGUAUGUCUCAUUUUGUCUAUUCUUUUUAAAAUAUCUUAAGCUCCUUUAGACUGAAAUAAUAUUAUUUGUGAGCUAAAUUGAAUUUAGGUUUAGACCUUAAUCAGGCUUUUCUAACACGAACAUGCUCUGAUCUAAACCAUUACAAGGUUGCUGGGGCGGUAUUUUUAGAGUUGUCGAAAGGUCAACCUUCUCUGAAAUCUGAAAACUGUGCUCCCUCGCCCAGCCUGAUAGUUUACAUCCGGGGUGUCCAAACUGGCCCUUUUCUCAACAUUAUGUCUGGACUGACAGGUUAAAAACCUCAAGGGAUGUGAAAUACUUUUGCGAGGCACUUUAUGUUUGCAUUUCUUUUGUAUGACAAACUGUGGAUAGUUUCUUACUGUAAUGAAUUGCACAAAGUGUGUUCGUUGUACGUUCCAUGACUAACCUGCAGCCUGAGUCACUGGCUCCACGCAACGUCGAGAGCCGACUUGACUGCAGCCGUCUAGUCAGACGCCGCUCCGAUAGGACAAUGAGAACAAACACCCUGUGAACACUGACACACAGCAGAGGGGUGUUCAAAAGCACUUUGGCUCAAGCAGCGAAAGAAAACCUGUUGGCGUAUUAAGUUGAACACGGUUGCUGGCUGUGCUGGGAGACAAGUCGGUUUCUGACUUUUCUCCAGAACCCGUUGUCGGAUUGGGUUGAGUGCGGCACCCUGGUGUUCACUCAGUCUUUGAGUCACAGCCAUUCAUAAAGCCCAUUCAGAGUAUGUGAAAGCCAGACGGAGCACACAGCUUGUGUGUGUCUCCAGACCUUAACCUUGAUGCCAGACGCACAGUCGGCAUGCCGAGGGAAAAACCUGGCAGUUUCCCCAAACAAGAAGUGUGCGCUUGCCUUGCGAAUGUACUUGUAUGUCUCUGUAAGGUAUGUGUGCUUUUACUGCUUUUCUUAAUGUGGUACUCUGCACACAAGUCGGCUUAUGUUUGCAUAAAUGUACAAACUCUCCGUGUUUACUUACAAGUAAUGCAAAAUUAGUUGCUUACUUACCAUUAAAGGGUCCUUGAAAUGGAGCAGGAUGCAGAAAACCUCGGUGUCCUCGCUUCCUUUAUCGUCACUGGUGUUUUUACAGCACAAACUCCAAUCAGCAGAAAAAAAAAAACAACAAAAAAACCCCCCACAUUGCCUUCCUGAAGUCAUGACUCCACAGGAGAGCAAUCAGGCAACCACCACCGGAAAAAAGGUUUUUAUACAAAUGCACCAAUCAGCUGAGUAAGAGUUUCUUCAUCGUGUAGCAAAAACAGGUGGUCAUUUGUUCUCUGAUUAACCUUCAGUGGCCUCUGCCUCCUGUUGAGUUCUCACCCCAUUCCAGAUUAAUCCAAUUUUAGCACAAGUUAUCACCAAACACCAGGGCGACACCUGUUCAGUUAGCGCAAAUUAAUUCCUUACAACUGUUAUCAUGCGUUAUUGAAAUGACUGCUGUACAUCAGGAGAUGCAAAACACAGAAUGGAUUAUUAGGUGUACAAUUUGGAUUGUUUGCUGACACCAUCAGCGACCAGCCAAUCACAUGAAAGAAAAUUUAUGUUUUCAGUCAUUUAGUUGGCAUGAAGUUACAACCAAACAGCAGACUGGGUAAGAAAGCAUCUAAGUGACUUUUAUGGCUGUUUGUGCAAGGCUGACAUUUUGGAGUAUUUCAGAAACUACUGGGAUUUUCAUCUUUUGGAUUUGCAGAAAUCAAUCCAAAGAUCUUUUGGGCACAAAUACCUUCUUGAUGUUAGAGGGGAAUUGGAAAAAUAAUCACUUAUUAUAACCAAUGUGUGCAGAAUACUAUCUCUGAAUGCAGAGCCUGCAGACAACAGCAGCCAAAGUUCACAUCCAGCUCCACUCCUGUCAACUGAGAACAGCAGACUGAGGGUACAAUUCACACUGACUCACCACAUUUGGACAGCAACAGAUUGGAAAAUUAUCACAGCUGUGAAAUUCAGAUGUUUGAGUCAGAAUUUGAUGUAAAGCAUGGAUCCAUUUUUCCAUUUAUCUCCGAUUCAGGCUGUUGGUAGUGAUGUAAUACUGCGAGGGAUAUCUGGCACAUUUUGGACGCCUUUGUAUCAACUAAGCAUGAUCUGAAAAACCACAGGCUGCCUCAGAACUGUUGCUGACAGUAUCCACUUCUUUACAAUGACAAUGUGGUUGUUUUCUGAUGGCUCCAUGUCACCAAGCUCAAAUCUUCCUGUCGUUUCUUGAAUGAUUUGAUUGCACUCCAACGGCCUCCACAGUCAUCAGAUCUCUGUCCAAUAAACAGAGCACCUUUUGGAUGUGGUGAAAUAGGAGAGUCACAUCAUGAAUGUGCAACUACAAAAUCCGCAGCAACAUCAUGUCAAUAUGGACCAAAACCUCUGAGGAAUAUUUCCAUCACCUUGUUAAGUUUAUGCCAGGACUGAGGGAGAUCUGAAGCUAAAAGGAAAUUAAUGAAUGAAUUAAACGUUUUGUGUUCCCGCCCAACCCAUACAGAAAAGCCUGUUUUCCUGCUGGUCUUAUAAUCCACACAGUGUGCUGACUCUAAGGAGUUUCACUUGUCAUUUGUUUGCGUGUAAACAUUCAGGCACCAAUGUCCAUUUUUCAGCCUUGCUGAAACAAAACUGUAUAAAUGAACCAAAGUCUGACGAAGGUCAGGAAGCAUUAACCUUUCUGUACCUCACUAAUGUAAUCCAGAUAAAGGAUCUCAUCUGCAGAACAUUAUACUUUGAUUUUAAUUGGCUGCGUGACCCAUCUGUCAUGUAAGAAGGUUUGGACUGAAUCCUUUUAAUCAUUUGGCCACCCUCUCCGUGGGAUCACUUUAUAUUCUGUUGGGCUCCUUCUCCUUAAAGGAAAAUGUCAUCUGCGUUGCGAUCUCUGGAAAGCAGACUUCCUGAAAUCCACCUUCCCAUGUAUGUUCAGAUCAUGAUGUUCCCAUGCAGAGUUUCUGCCUCUGUUUCUCUUUCUCAUGAUAAAUAACAGACGGUGAAUCAAAAUAAGAUUAUCUGUACAUUGGCAAACCUUCAGCACAGAGCUACAGCUUUAUGAUGAAGUAGCUCUAGUGCAGCUUUCACUAUGGAGACGACACGGGAAAAAAUGCAGUUAAAUGUGGAUGGAUGGCUAUGAUAAUCAUAGCGAUCAAUAAAUGUUGCUUGCUGCAAGAAAAAAAAAAAAACCCAGAAAAAUUGAUAGGCGGGAGAGUAAGAUGCUGCCUCCUGUGACUUCCACUGCUUAAGGGCUGAUGCUCCUGUUUUUAUUGUUUCUUAUUUCAUUUCCCAAAAAAAAGAAGGG